AUGAAGCCUGACUCAUCCAAUUGGACUUCAUUUGCAAGGACCUAUGGGUACGCUGCUCCUGUUACUGUUUUCUCUGUUGGUCAUUUGUUUGAUUUGGUAGAACUUGCUUAUACAAUGGAAGUGAAUGAGAGGUGCGAUGUUUAUAGUUUUGGGGUGCUUACACUGGAAUUGAUUACAGGGAAGCAUCUGGGUGAUCUAAUCUCCUCUUUGUCAUCAUCGUCAUCCUUCUCCUCAUCAGCAUCAACUAGAAAUUUGGAGAUUCCUGUACAAGUGGUGUUGUACAAUGCUUCAAAGAAAGAGAAAUUCACAAGGAUGAGAUCAAUCCCUCUAGAAAUUGGGAUGCUAAGGUCUCUCGUUGAUCUCGAACUCUCAAUGAACAAACUCACGGGUUCAAUCCCUGCAUCUAUAGGGAACUUGGGCAACUUAACCAUUCUGUACCUUUAUGACAACCAACUUUCUGGAUCAAUCCCUCAAGAAAUUGGGAUGCUGAGGACUCAUUCCUUCGACAAUUGGAAACUUGACAAAGUUGACGGGUUUAGACUUAAGUCUAAAUCCAUUAUCAGGCUCCAUUCCAUAGCUUACAACAAGCUCGUUGGUCAUUUACCAGAAAACCUAUGCUUUGGUGGAUUACUUACACGUUUAAUUGUAGCUGACAACAAUCUCACAGGUCCCAUCCCCAAAAGCUUGAUAAAUUGCUCUAGCUUAUACAGAGUUAGGCUUGAGGGAAACCAACUUUCGGGAAAUAUAUCAGAAGAUUUUGGCAUAUACCCAAACUUGGAUUACAUCGAUUUGAGUCAUAACAAUUUCUAUGGUGAGGUAUCCCAAAAAUGGAAAAAGUGCCAUAAUUUAACUAGUCUCAAAAUAUCAAACAAUAAUAUUUCUGGUGAGAUACCACCUGAAAUAAUGGAUUCAACUCAACUAUGUCUUCUUGACCUCUCUACAAAUCACCUAGUUGGACAGAUCCCAGUGAAAUUAGGAAUGAUGGUUUCACUGUUCAACCUUAGGUUGGAUGAUAACCAUCUAUCAGGGAAUAUUCCUCCAGAAUUCAGCAAGUUGACCAAUCUACAAUAUCUUAACUUGGCAAGAAAUGAUCUAAAUGGUUCAAUCCCUGGAGGACUAGCGGAGUGCAAGAAACUUUUGAACUUGAAUUUGAGCAAUAAUAGUUUGGGGAAAGCAUUUCUGCUGAAAUAG